GGUUCAGGUGCGUAUCCAAACCAUGGUGUGCUCUGAUCGACAGUCCACAUUUCGUCAAAUCGCAUCUGAAUCGAUCCAUCGAAACCAACGCCAAUCUCAGCAUCGUACUUAGAAAUUAUGGUGAUCUCUAGUUCAUGGACUUCGACUCGUUCGGUCGUGCUAUAAAGCUCGACCACCCCUUGGAGUUCAAACAAUAUGUAGAAGUAGUGGGCUCUUGCAACGGUUUGCUCUGUUUGUGUGAAACAGAGGAUCAACCCAUCGUGCUGUGGAACCCUUCGACCCGAAAACACCAGAAGUUACCGGUCGCACUGAUCCAGGUCCCGCGUGAGUUACGGGUCGCACAACUUACAUCUGACUUUUGCGUGUUUUUUACUGUUUAUGGAUUUGGGUUUGAUUCUGUGAGUGAUGACUACAAGUUGGUGAGGAUUGUACAGUUUUGUGGCUUCAAUGACGAUUUAUUUUAUUCUGAAGUUAAGGUUUACAGUCUGAAAUCGAAUUCGUGGCGAAGGAUUCAAUGUUUCCCUUAUUACCUUCGAUACGAGCGAGUGAAUGCUGCGGUUGUUGGUGGGGUUUUGCACUGGGUUGUGAGUCGAAAACCCAAAUCGGAGAUGGCCAAUUUGAUUGCUGCUUUUGAUCUUGGGGUUGAGGAAUAUAGGUUGGUGCCACUGUCUGAUUAUUUGGAUAGAGAAUUUCAUAAGACUCUGAAUAAUUAUUUUCGUAUAAAUGUGAGGGUGUUAGGAGGAUGCCUUUGUGUAAUUUGCCAUUAUGCUGUAGAGGACCGAGAUGAUAUAUGGGUGAUGAAAGAUUAUGGAGUAAAGGAAUCUUGGGCUAAAUUGUUAUCUGUUGAGCUGCAAAAUGUACUUAGGCCUUUUGAUUCUGUGAGGCCUCUUGUAUAUUCAAAAAGUGGUGGGGAAGUACUUCUGGCCCAUGAUAAUUUCAGGCUUCUUUGGUUUGACUUGAAAAGGAAAACGGUCAAGCAUGAUUGGAUUCAUGGUGUGCGAAUUACAUUUGAAGCUGAAAUUUGUUUGGGAAGUCUAGUUCCGCUCCCUGGUGAUGGUGGAUGUGAUGGAAAGAAGCAGCAAGCACAAAAGAAGAAGGAUAGAAAGGGAAGACACGAGGUGGAAGGCACUGGUGUUGAUUCCCUGAUUUGGGUGCCUUCUUCUCAGGGGAUGUUCCAGGUCUGGUCUUUUUUUGUGUGCCUCUUUGGUUUUCAUGGCGUUUCCUUCCCGUGGAAGACGGUGUGGUUGUCCAAGGCGCCUCUUAGGGUGGCCUUUUUUGUGUGGACUGCAGCUUGGAGUAAGAUUUUGACUCUGGAUAACUUGAGGAAGCGAAGACAUAUUAUUGUUAAUCGGUGUUGUCUUUGUAAGUUGAAUGGAGAGUCAGUGGAUCACUUGCUGCUGCAUUGUCCCGUUGCUCAUGAUUGUUGGAGUCUCAUUUUUGAUUUGUGUGGUAUUCAUUGGGUCAUACCUCGGACAUCUCAGGAAUUGCUAGAUGUUUGGAGGGGCCAAUGGGUGGGGGCUCAGGCGAGAGUCUUCUGGAGGGUAACCUUUUUUUGUGUUUGGUGGAGUAUUUGGAAAGAGCGGAAUAGAAGAUCUUUUGAUGGGAAGGAGUCCUCCGUUGGGGUGUUAAAAUUUUUUAUUAUUUGUAUUCUUUUUUGUUGGGGUUGGGGGAGAGAUUUUUCCUCGAUUGAGGAUAUUGUGGACUUUUUGGGUUCCUUGAGAUCAUAGGUUCUGUUUUUUAUUUGUAUAGCUUGGGACGCGUUCUCCUUUUAAACGCCUUCUAAUACAUUUUACUUAUCGAAAAAAAAAAAAAAAAAUUUUUAC